AAUUGCCUCAUGCUGCGGUCGUAGGAAAGGCUUAGUAAAAACUUGGCUGAUAAAUAACUCUUUCAUUUUGCUUUCAUUUGGUACAGGUUUUUUUUCGCAAUUAAUUUAUACCUAAAACACGGAGUCGCUUCACCAAAUCUCGUCGCCAACUGACACACUGAGAGGAUAAUUCACUCGAAAAAUACGAUCAACCAUAUAAUGGCAACGAACGAUAGCGGCCUACGCUUCAGAAGGGCAACAGCCACCGAUUUGGAGGGAAUUGCAUCUAUAUCUGUUGGAAUUUAUGAAGGUUCCGAUUUUGUUGUCCACCAAUUUCCGAAAUGGCUAAACGACGAUAGAUGGCAUCUUUUUAUUGCAGAAACAGCAAAUGGGAAGCUGGUUGGGUUCACGUCAAUGAAUAUCACUGACAAUGAAAGAAGUGCCAUCGUUAGAUCCACAAGGGUUCACAUUGCAUAUCGAGGAAGAGGAGUGUACAGAAGUUUGCUUGAUUUUACAUUGAAGUCAAUCAGAGAGUUGCUUCCAAAUCUAAACAAUAUCUUGGGAUACAGGACUAAGAUAUUAGAUAAUUAUGAAUGUUUGGCCAAGGUUACCAAAUUGACAUUGGCGUGUAAUUUGACUACAAAUGAACAUUUAGUCAGCAAACUACAAGAAGGAGCACAAUUCACAACAUGGCAAGAGUUUCAGGAUCUGUACAGCCAAAGCCAAUUGAUAAGAAACAUGUUUCCUUCUGACUACCUUCGAGUAAACGCUGAGCUGUUCAACCUUAGCAUAAGCAUGAACUGGGAGUAUCUGAAAACCAGGGAUGAGCUUUUACUUUUAAUGACGAGAAAGCAAAGUCCCACUGGGUACAAGUUAGCAGUAUUCUCGGUGUGGGACACUGCCAUAAAAACUACAAAUCAAGGAGAGAAAUACCUUGUUGUGGAUUUCUAUGGGGCUGACCCUGAAUCGAUCUUGGACCAUGUUCUUCGAGGGAUGCAGUUUGUUUUUGACAAAAUUGGUGGAACUUUCAACGUUAGUUUCUGGAUAACAGAAGAAAAUGAAGGCUACUGCCAUAAAUUGUUUCAAGAAUUACCUUUUUGUAGAAUUUUAGAAAGUUUUCCGUUACUCUUUUUGAAAUGGGACCUGACGACUCAUCCUUACUCUUAUAUUCCUUAUAGAAAAAAAUCGUUAAUAUAAACAAAGAACAGUAAAGGACCUGAUGAGGGUCCUUGAGGAAUCACACGUUUUGUAUUCUUUAUUAAAAAUAAAUCUCCGUUUACUUUGUAGCUCUUUGUCAAUGGCUUAGGAAUGAUUGAAAUAACUGGAAUGCAGUGCGUUGUAUGCCAUAGUGAAAAAGUUUCUGCAAAAGUACUGAGUGGGCAAUAAUACCAAAUACGUUACUUGUCUUUGAGCACGAUACCUGUAGAUUUGGGAAAAAUCCUGUCCCUGUGGCUGAUAGAAAAUGUUCAUUGUGCCACUCUUUGAAUAUAACUGCUGUGGAGGACGGAAUUUAUUUCUACUGGUUUGUCCCCUUUAACAGGACCAUAGGAAUUCUAUGUUAACUGUCAUUUAUUCAAAAUUUCCCAGAAUUCCAUCCCUUGAUCUGUAUGAAAAAUUUAUUUGGCUGCUGAGUCAAGAGGAUAAAGACAGUUUGAUCUCAACAGCAAACUCCAAUCACUGGCUUUAAAAUCACAGGAAUCAUUUAGGAAGAGCUCUAUAUGCAUUUCUACAUAAUAUUAUAUGUGUGACGUAAAAUAUUCUUAGUCUUAUUUCAUUUUUACCUUUGUAUAAGUUGCUUGCUGUUUUCAUCUUGUAUUUGUUGUUUGCUGUUAACGUGUAUUUAUGGUUAUGUUGGCGAUGAGCCAUUUCAACCUACAAGCCUUAACUAAAAAAAUAAUAGCAAAGGAUCCCUUUCCUCGUUUACUGCAGGUAACCAAUCACUGUUUGACCAACAUUACUGGCAGAGAGUUUCCCUUCUGCCCCUUUCUAUUUUCUGCGGCUUGGUUUAAUUUCCAAAACGAAGCAGUUAAUUAAGUAGGUAUAUUGGAACCUUCUUUUUCUUCUUGAGAUAUACACUCUUUCUUAAGCUCGUUUGCAAGUAGAAUCUGUGGGCGGAAUAUAGUUUUUUACACCCAGGGCACCAUCGUGGCUCUCUCUUGGCGGGCAAUCAUGUCAGCACUUAAAAUAAAAAAACUAAAGGAUAUAGCGAUAAAUGAAAGCUUAGAAAUAUCGCCUUGGAUUUUUCUUCAGUCAAAUUAAUGUUGCAGCUUCUGACCAUCCCUAUAAUACCAUAUUUCUGAAAUGUUUCUAAAUGCCAACCAUGGUGGGCGGCAGCGGCCUUUACACAAUCUAAAUACACGUAUUUUUUUAUAAGAAACUAAGGUCCGGUGCUGGUAGGCAGUUUCUUAAAUUUGCUGGCCAUUUUGCUACCAAAAUUUUCUCACAUGUUUCUUAAAUUUCUUAGGUAAUGAAUUUUUUAAACGUGCUUUCAAGGUAAAGUAAAUAGUU